GCGAGAGUUGAGCGCGCCUGGCCGGACGGGAGGAAAGUAUCCGUUCCGCCGAGGGGGGAAAAGAGGAGCUGCAGAGAGAUUGUAGGACCGAGCGCGGGCAGGCGGAAGGCAACGGAGCUACCAGCCGCUCCGCUUUGCUAUAUGAAAUAUGGGAGACGACAGACCGUUUGUGUGCAAUGCCCCGGGCUGUGGACAGAGAUUUACAAACGAGGACCACCUGGCAGUUCAUAAACACAAGCAUGAGAUGACAUUGAAAUUUGGCCCAGCCCGAACUGACUCAGUCAUCAUUGCAGAUCAAACUCCUACUCCAACUAGAUUCCUGAAGAACUGUGAGGAGGUGGGACUCUUCAAUGAACUAGCUAGCUCCUUUGAACAUGAAUUCAAGAAAGCUGCAGAUGAGGAUGAGAAAAAGGCAAGAAGCAGGACUGUUGCCAAAAAACUGGUGGCUGCUGCUGGGCCCCUUGACAUGUCUCUACCUUCCACACCAGACAUCAAAAUCAAAGAAGAAGAGCCCGUGGAGGUAGACUCAUCCCCACCUGAUAGCCCUUCCUCUAGUCCCUGUUCCCCACCACUGAAGGAGAAGGAGGUUGCCCCAAAGCCUGUUCUGAUAUCUACCCCCACACCCACCAUUGUACGUCCUGGCUCCCUGCCUCUCCACUUGGGCUAUGAUCCACUUCAUCCAACCCUUCCCUCCCCAACCUCUGUCAUCACACAGGCUCCACCAUCCAACAGGCAAAUGGGGUCUCCCACUGGCUCCCUCCCUCUUGUCAUGCAUCUUGCUAAUGGACAGACCAUGCCUGUGCUGCCAGGGCCUCCAGUACAGAUGCCGUCUGUUAUAUCGCUGGCCAGACCUGUGUCCAUGGUGCCCAACAUUCCUGGUAUCCCUGGCCCACCAGUUAACAGCAGUGGCUCCAUUUCUCCCUCUGGCCACCCUAUACCAUCAGAAGCCAAGAUGAGACUGAAAGCCACCCUAACUCACCAAGUCUCCUCAAUCAAUGGUGGUUGUGGAAUGGUGGUGGGUACUGCCAGCACCAUGGUGACAGCCCGCCCAGAGCAGAGCCAGAUCCUCAUCCAGCACCCUGAUGCCCCAUCCCCUGCCCAGCCACAGGUCUCACCAGCCCAGCCCACCCCUAGUACUGGGGGGCGACGGAGGCGCACAGUAGAUGAAGAUCCAGAUGAGCGACGGCAGCGCUUUCUGGAGCGCAACCGGGCUGCGGCCUCCCGCUGCCGCCAAAAGCGAAAGCUGUGGGUAUCCUCCCUAGAGAAGAAGGCCGAAGAACUCACUUCUCAGAACAUUCAGCUGAGUAAUGAAGUCACAUUACUACGCAAUGAGGUGGCCCAGUUGAAACAGCUACUAUUAGCUCAUAAAGACUGCCCAGUCACUGCACUACAGAAAAAGACUCAAGGCUAUUUAGAAAGCCCCAAGGAAAGCUCAGAGCCAACGGGUUCUCCAGCCCCUGUGAUUCAGCACAGCUCAGCAACAGCCCCUACCAAUGGCCUCAGUGUUCGCUCUGCAGCUGAAGCUGUGGCCACCUCGGUCCUCACUCAGAUGGCCAGCCAAAGGACAGAACUGAGCAUGCCAAUACAAUCGCAUGUAAUCAUGACCCCACAGUCCCAGUCUGCGGGCAGAUGAUGCCUCCUCUGGUGGAGAGGUCCUCAGCCAGAGCUCGCCCGCCCAAGAGCCAAGAGAGAUGUCAUCUUAUCUCCUCCCAUCUGCCUUGGACAUGGCAAUAUGGGUCAGGGGAAACUGUGUGUUGUGAGUAAUGGACAGAUAUGGGGCUUUUUAGCCACAUGGUCAUGUAUGUUUGACACCUGUGCUGGGGGCCUCCCAGCCCCAGAGCCUCAUAGAUCAUCCCCCAAGGGUGGGGUUUCUGAUGCACCCACAGCCAAAGGCCUUUCCAGAUGGUCCGAACAAUCACCCCUGCCCCAUGCACGUGUAUCUGUCUCUUUUAACACUAACCCUUGGCACUUCUAGGUUUGGGGUUUCUCAGUUCCCUCUCUUCCCACUAAGCUGUGGCUGUUACCUUUUUGUUCCUUACUAGCAUGCCACUUCCUGCCAGAUAGAGGGAGGCUAGAUUUGAUUUCAUAUCACCCACUGACCCAGCCCCAGCCACCCCAUGGACUCAGGACUCUGUCUCCCAUAGCUGCUUAUUUACCCCUGUUUCCUUUUUCCCCUUCCUUAAUUCUAGUUAAAACAUUCACUUACGGAGAAUAUAAGGUUACUUUUGAUGUAUGAAGUAGCAGUAUUUUCCAGUUCUUCCAUAAGCUUUAUUCCUUCUCCCUACCUGCCACCAAAAAAAAAAAAAAGCAAAAAGAAGGAAACUCUCAAGAGUUCUAAUUCUUUUUCAUCUAUUUCCAGAGCUAUUUGGGUACCUCAUUUUGUUGCUUGACUUUAUCUAGUGUAGUGGUGGGGUCUUUCCCACCACCCCACUAGGCCUUGGCAACCUCGUUUUGUGGCCUUAUUAUUAAAGAUUGCUUGGUAGUGAAAAGGGAAGGGCCCAGAAUCUGACUGGCUGAUUCUGUCUCCUCCCCUCCCUCCUUCUUCAGUUUUAAUCAUCAGGGCAGACAGGAACAAAAUAUUUCAAAGCUUGGUCCAUCAGGUUAGGGAUUAGUUGAUUCCUUUAUGUUUUAUAAGAGUUUACUGGCCAAAGCGUACAUAUUGUCAUCUUUGGUCAUCUUUCUGCUCCUGCCUCUCCCUCUUCAUUCCCCUGUCAACGUUACCCGCCCCACCCGCCCCCCCCGCCCCGUCUCUCUUCUAUAACUACUUCAGACACAGCCCUCCUGGAGGCUGUCAUGUAGGGGACUCUCGAGUUCCCUUGCUCUACCCCAUCUCUCCCCCUCACACAUCUGUCUGCUUUUCUGAGCUAGAGUCUUCUGUUCAUAAGUGCCCAUCACCAUCUAGACUAUCUUCUUUGUCUCUCACCAGGUUCCUAGCUUAGCCACUAGGUCUUCCAGGUCCUCCAGAGUUUCUUCAACCCAUUUCUGCUCUCUUCACCUUACAUGCAGUGCUCCAGGAUCUUGAAGCAUCAUAGCCAAGGUCCUGAGUGGGUUUACUUGAGUAUAAGAUUGAAAGGAGGGAGGAAGGGAAGAGGGAAAGUACAGAACUGGCCCCCCAGCAAAGGACCCCAGGGUCUGGCCUGGGAAAUUGGUGACUAUUGCUCUCAACCAUUCUUUGAAGAGUUGGGUUGCAGAGGGAGCAGUUCAUCUCUCUUGUCCCUGUUUCUUCCACAUUAAGGUUUCUCAUCUCCCCUGGGCUCUGAACUAUGCAGUUUCUACCAGGACCAUAGGAAGCAAUUCAAAGCCAGAGGCCUGUGGAUAGAUAGGUCAGCUUUAAUUGCCUUUCCGUAUGAAACCCUUCCAGUUGUCCCAGAGCCACUUUCUGCCAUCUGUGCAAGCCAAGAAUGUCCUUCUCUCCAUCUUUCCUACCUCCAUCUUAAACAUACAAAAUAACUGCCAGCUUCCUUUCUUAUUUUGCCUCCAAAAUUCACUGUCACAGGGGAAUGAGAAAAUGUUUUAAGCUACAAGAUUCCCAUUUCCUUAAAGUGAUAUCCUAUCCUAGUGAACAAGUCAGGUAGCAGGUUCUGCUGCAUUUGUUUUAAAUUUCCCCUCCUGCUUUUCAGAGCUGGUGCUGAACAGGCCACACCCCUAAAGACAAAGGAGAGAAAACAUGGUUUUCUCAUCUUCUACCACCAGGUACCCAACAGGAAUAGGCCCUGAAGUGAUUCAGACUAGCAAAUGUUAUGGCAGAUGGUCAGGAUGCAGGUUACCACAUCCAGGGACUUCACUUUUGCCUUUAAAAAUUCACAGCCAUAACUUGUGCUCAGGACUUCCCCUUUAGCCGGCUGCUCCCUGGGAUUUUCUCCUGCUUUUGUUUCGUUUUUUAUUGUCUUGAUUUCCCAGUAGCAGCCUUGCCCUAAAGCUUGACUGAGUUUAUGGCUCCUAAGGAGCUUUCCUAAGACUCUUGACUAUUUGUCUUCCGCCUUCAGUCAAGUGUUUUUACAGUUAAGAAUUAAUUUGUCACUGCAUACGUGUCCUGCCAGUCUGUCCCUGUGUUGGGUGACUAAUUUAUGUAGAGGGUCUUUUUUAUUUCUUAGCCCCCAUGACUAAUUAUCUAGUCCUAACUUCAUUUUUAUCAGUGGGAAGAUGUAUACGGAUCCUCAAUGAGGAGCACUGCCAGAACCACAGUAACAAAAUGGCACUGAAUUAAGGAAGUAGCAGGUCAGAACCCCCGCCCUAGAUAGUUCCUGAGUUGGUUCUCAGUCUCACUAAGGAGGCAGAACAAUUGCCUACCCUGAAACUUCUCUAAUAGUCAAAGGUAACAUCACUUACCUUAUUAUUGCUACCAGCCA